AUGUUUGAAAAUAGUAACUCAUCGGGUUCAGCAACUAUAAAUGUACAACCAGUUCAAUCAAAUACAAAUUCAGAGCAGAAUAAUAAUAAUAAUAAUAAUUCCUCAACUAAUCCACAACCAAUAGAUAUAACAUUUAAUCAACGACCUUCAAUUUUUAAUAAUAAUAAUAAUAAUAGUAAUAGUAAUAAUAAUAAUAAUAAUAGUAAUCGAUUUAGGAGAGAAUCAGUUGCACAUUCUCAAAAUAAUCAAAUGGGUGGAAUUUCAUGGGGUUCAGUUACAAUUGGAUCUUGGUUAAAAGAUGAAGUUAUGAUGGCAAGUUCAAAUUAUCAAUCAAUAAAUCAACAACAACAACAAUAUUUAAAUCCACAUUAUCAUGUACAAAAUACUCAACCAACUAUAAUAAAUCCAAGAAGAGGUUCUUUUAGAACUGGUCAUGGACAUCAUCCAAGUUUAUCACCACAAUUAACAACUUCAUAUUUACCUGAUUUAGAAGCUGAUUAUUGUAAAGAUUAUAAUUGUUGUGGAGAAUUAUUACCUACAUUACACGAUUUAUUAAGACAUUAUGAAGAAGCUCAUAUAUCAGCUUCUCCACCAAUUGAACAACAACAACAUCAUCAUAACCAACAACAACAAAUUUUACAACAAAAUAGACAAAGGAAUAAUUAUAAUAAUUUACAUAAUGUAAUGGAAACAGUAUCGACAACAGAUGUAUUUUUAAAUAAUAAUCAUAAUAAUCUACAUUCACAUCAACAUAAUCAAACAAUACAGCCUAAUAUAACUCAUCAAAAUCAUCAAAAUAACUAUGACUAUCAAAAUCAUCAACAACAACAACACCAACAACAUCAUCAUCAACAACAACAACAUUCACAUAAUUCACAUCCUCAACAUCCAAAUUUAACUUCAAAAUCUCCAAUAACUCCAGAUAAUGAUACACCAAUGCAAGAUGAAGAUGAAAUAUAUAUUGACGAUCCAGCAAGACAUUUAUAUGUAAUGGAAAAUGAAGAAAUUAAACCAUUUAAAUGUCCAGUUAUUGGAUGCGAUAAAACUUAUAAAAAUCAAAAUGGUUUAAAAUAUCAUAGAGCUCAUGGACAUCAAGGUCAAAAUUUAAGAGAAAAUCCCGAUGGUACAUAUUCUAUAAUUGAUCCAGAUUCAAAUCUGCCAUAUUUAGAUAAUUCAAUAUUGGAAAAGGAUAAACCAUAUAGAUGUGAAGUUUGUGGUAAAAGAUAUAAAAAUUUAAAUGGUUUAAAAUAUCAUAGGGGACAUACAACACAUUAA